GCGUAUGUGAAGUGUCACUUUGACUACGAUCCAUCCCAUGACAACUUAAUUCCCUGUAAGGAGGCAGGCCUGGGCUUCUGCAGUGGAGACAUCCUGCAGAUCUUCAACCAGGAGGACCUCAACUGGUGGCAGGUCAAUCACUUCUAAUGGACAACCACUAUUUCUUCUUUCACUUUAUCAUGUUUAUCCUAAAUAGUUUUAAAUGUAUUGUUGUUGCAAUGUAAUGAUAGAACCACUUUAUGUAUUUAUUUCCAUCACAGGCAUGUCACCUAGUUGGGGGCAGUGCAGGCCUCAUCCCUAGCCAGCUACUGGAGGAGAAGAGGAAGGCUUUUGUCAAGAAAGAUCUGGAGCUGGUUACUACAGGUACUGUAUAUUAUAUACUGCAUGAUUCCUAUUUUACUGCAUUAUAACCCACACAAGUAUUGGAGGACACAAAGGAGCUUGACAUCUUCUACACACUAAAGAUAACACUCUCAAUUUAUAAGUUACUCCUCUACAUUUGUCAUGGAGAUAAGACAAGAAAAACUAAAAUGGGAUAAGAUAAGAUGAUACUAGGUGACAUGCCUGUGAUUGUCUGAAUGUGCAAAAUAUGAUCCACCAAAAACACCAACAUGAAACAUGAGUACAGUAAAUUGCGACAAAAGAAAUACAUUUGUUGUUCUGGGUGUUUUGUGUGUGCACUGUGCACGUAUACGCAUGAACUGCCUGCUUGUCCCCUCAUCACCCUUCAAGACGGUUGUUUAAUCAGUGAAGAGGGACUAGCAAUAAGCAGCAGACUUAGAGAGACAUGACUCACACAGAUUCAAUCUGUUCCUCAUUAAGCUCAUUCUAGACAGAGGGGCCAGGUCACAUUCAUACUGUAGUGUCCUCUUUCUGGCUGUAGCACGCUAUACUGGUGGUGGGUGGUGAGUCACCCACUCAGCCUGCAGCCACAUGCCCUUCACUUCAGUAGAGGGAAGUGGCAGUCAGGCGCUAAGACUGCCCUUGGACCUGUAGGAGACAAAUAUGGGACACUUGUGGGGGCUAUUUACGCGGUAUAUGAUAUGAUAUGGUCAUACAAUCGUUGGCAAAAAUAUUGUCACCCUUGCACUUUUUUCAAAUAUUGCACAAUUUAAUUAGAUUUCAAGCAGGUGAUUCUCCUUUACUUUGGAAUUGAAAUCACCUUUGGUGAGAUGCAGGUGCCUGCAAUAUAAAAAUCACAAAUUCAACCAGUUUGAAUAGAGAAAAGGACUCAUUCUCCUGUUUUGUGUCACUGUGUGUACCGCAAUGAGCAUGGAGAAAAUAAAGAAAACCAGAUAUUUAUCUGAGGAGGUCAGACACAAGAUUGUAGCCAAGCAUGGACAAUCUCAAGGCUACAAGUCCAUCUCCAGAGACCUUGAUGUUCCAGUUUCCACCGUACAUAAUGUUAUCAAGAUGUUGAAGGCCCAUUCCACUGUAGCCAACCUCCCUGGAUGUGGCCGCAAGAGAAAACUUGAUGGAAGAUUGCAGCGAAGGAUUGUUUGAAUGGUGGAGAAAGCACCUCGGUCAACUGCCACACAGAUUCAAGCUGACCCUCAGACACAAGGUACGGCAGUUUCAACUCGCACCAUCUGUCGCCAACUCAAUGAAAGGGGGUUAUAUGGUAGGAGACCCAGGAGGACCCCACUGCUGAGAGAAAGACAUAAGAAAGCCUGACUGCAAUUUGCCAAAACACACCUGAGAAUGCCAAAAUCCUUCUGGGAGAAUGUCCUGUGGACAGAUGAGACGAAAUUAGAGCUUUUUGGUAAAGCACACCAUCUCUAUGUUUACAGAAAACUAAAUAAAGCCUUCAAAGAAAAUAACACCUUCCCUACAGUAAAACAUUGAGGAGGUUCAGGGAUGUUUUGGUGUUGCUUUGCUUACUCUGGCACUGGGUGCCUUGAACGUGUGCAUGGCAUCAUGAAAUCAGGAGAAUACCAAGGCAUUUUGGAGCUCAAUAUCGGACCCAGUGUCAGAAAGCUGGGUCUCCGUCGAAGGUCAUGGGUCUUCCAGCAGGACAAUGACCCCAAACACACUUCAAAAAGCACCAAGUAAUGGUUCAAGACAUAACGCUGGAUUGUUCUGAAGUGGCCAGCAAUGAGUCCAGAUCUAAAUCCCAUUGAAAACUUGUUGACAGAUCUGAAAACAGCAGUUGGGAGAAGGCACGCUUAAAAUCUGGGAGAACUGGAGCAGUUUGCAGAAAAGGAGUGGGCCAAACUGCCAGUACAGAGGUGCAGGAAGCUCAUCAAUGGCUAUAGGAAGCGCUUGAUUGCAGUUAUUUUGAUCAAAGGCUGUGCUACCAAAUAUUAAGUCUAGGGUGUCAAUGGAUAUAUUAAGUUCUGAAAAAAAAAAAAAAGGUUCUGUAGUAUUAGCAGUGAAAUAAAGAAUUGUGGAGACCAAAUACUUUGUUCAACUUCAACUUAUUUUUAUGGAAAAUUGUGAGUUACUUGAAAAAAGUACAAGGGUGAAAAUAUUUUUUGCCACGACUGUAUAUAAAAUGCCUAUCCCAAGCUACUUAUAGUUAACACAUGUAUUGAUUGUAUGAAGUCAAUGUAGGAAUCAAACACACAACAGUGGAGUUGCAAGCUUUGCUUCAAACAAAUGUCCUUAAAGCCCACCUGCCAGCCAUACUGAAGAGACGACUGGGCAGUGACAGAGAUUCCCAGGUGUGCUGUUGUAAUCAAAUUGAACUGCCAUCCUUUCUGUAAUGCAAAAUGUGGGGGGGAAAUAUUUUUGGUUCACGUUUUUAUGAAUAUCGCUAGCAACAACAGAAUAGACUAAUUUUAAAUGACAUACUUACAGUAGAAAAGAGGAUAAUAAAACUGCUGGUAAGCUUUCUUGACUUGGACAUACAUUUUUGCCAACACAUAGCUAAACUUUGUUUAACCAGCUAAACAGCUACUCGGAGUGAAAAUGUGUUUGGGGUUACCUUUCUAGCUAAUAGGCUAUGUUAGAGUUAACACUUCCUCUUCCAAAUCUAAUGUGGGGAGGUCAAAAUAAUGAAAAACCAUCUACCAAAUCUAUUCAUUUUAAAAUGUUGAUUACUUCUCCUUGCCAUUAUAUGUCACCUAAUGAUAAGACAAGACGUGGGAAAAUAAGUGUUUUUUGCUAACAUAUGAUGGGGGUCCCUGGUCGCUGUUUGCCUAGGAGCGGGGUCAAUGGGUAAGAAAAGGUUGAAGGCCCCUGCUGCAAUGCAUUGGCAUACUGCCCUCUGGUGGUACAAGCUACAUUUUUACAUUUUUUGUCAUUUAGCAGACGCUCUUAUCCAGAGCGACUUACAGUUAGUGAGUGCAUACAUUUUCAUACUCGCCCUUCCGUGGGAAACUAACCCACGACCCUGGCGUUGCAAGCUCCAUGCUCUACCAACUGAGCUACAGGGGACUGAUUUGCAGACUUUGAUUUAUGAUACAGAACAGCAACACUGUAAAAGGCAACCAACCCUGACUGGCAGGUACUGUUCAUUAAAUUGAUAAAGACUCAAUUGAAGUGGGUUGAGAAGUACUGAAGGAAGGCAACAUGUUGUGUGCUGUCUUUCUCAGGUCCUCUUUGUUCUGGAAUGGGUGGGAAGAAAAAAAAAAAGAUGAUGUAUCUGACAACCAGAAAUGCAGGUACGUUUUUUUGUGCCAAAAUGACCAUUUGUAAAUGUAACAAUGUUUGAAAGUGCUGCCAGUGUAUUCUUUACAUGUAAACUUUGUUAGUCAAAAGUGUCAACGGUUGUCAAUGUAGUAUACUACACUGUGUAUGUGUAGCAUGAAUUAUAUUAGGUCAAGUAAUACCGGUAGUAAUACUGAUUAUGUGGAUAUCUGAUAUGAAUAUGUUGCCUGUUCAGAGUUUGAUCGGCACGAGCUGAGGAUCUACGAGGAGGUGGCCAAGGUUUCCCCGUUUCGCCGGAAGACGUUGGUUCUGAUUGGAGCACAGGGAGUGGGCCGCCGGAGUCUAAAGAACAAACUGUUGGUGUCAGACCCCCUGCGCUACGGGACCACCAUUCCCUGUGAGUAGUACUAGCAUCUAACACUGACAGAGCCACUGACAUUGACACUUUGAUUUACUCUGGUGUUCUGUAAUCUAUGCCAUAUUAGAAAAUAUACAAAAAACAUACAAACAAUUUAGAAAUACAAAUACUGUAUUCACAUUUGUAUGAGAUACAAAGACUACAUUUUUUUCUUCUGUGUGCGUUGCUCAGCACUGUGUUUGUCAGUUGCUAUACCUUUAUGUAGAUAACCCAACAACCUGUCUCCAGUUACCUCGAGGAAACCCAAGGUGGAUGAGAAGGAUGGACAGAUGUACUCGUUCAUGACUCGCAGUGAGAUGGAUUUGGACAUUAAGAACGGGCGCUUCCUGGAGCACGGCGAGUACGACGGGAACCUCUAUGGCACCAAGAUCAACUCCAUCCACGAGGUGGUGGACGCUGGAAAGAUCUGUAUCCUGGAUGUCAACCCACAGGUAGACUAUAGCACCUGGGCAUCUUUAUUCAUUCAUCGGUAUAAUACUCCAGACAUUUUCUCGGCAUCAAUGUCCAGGGAAGAGGUUGAUCUUUACCUUUUUCUUUCUUUUUGAAAGGAGAACAGAAUUCGGUUUUAUUGAGAUUGUUGGCUACAUUACCACUAUGCCAAACUUUAGCACAUAGAUCAGUGAAGUAAUAUGAUUACUAUAGAAUGUUCUUAUUGUUUAACCAAAGCCAAGGUUUACAUUACAGAUGAAAUGGAAGUAAUGGAAUCCUUUAAUGCGACUAGUCAUUUUCAAGUGGUCAUAGCUAAUUUGAUUAGCUCGUUACAUCAUUAGCAUCUAUGAAUAAUCUAUUAUUACAGCUGCUUUUCAACUAUUUAAUUCCUUUCUGCAGGCACUUAAGGUUCUGCGGACGUCAGAGUUCCUUCCCUACGUGGUGUUUAUUGAGGCUCCAGAUUACGAGGUCCUCAAAGCCAUGAAUAAGUCUGCCAAAGAAGCCGGAGUGAUGACCAAACAGUUAACGGUGAGUCCCAGACAGACUGGACAGUUGUAUCAUAGCUACAUCAUUGGUCCAGUUAGCAGAAUAUGUUGUUUGACACUCAUUAAAAUGUAGGACUGGUAUGUUCAAAAUGCAUUAACCCUAGCAAUUCAUCAUCUUUAAUAAGCCCAUUAACGCCAAUUCAUUUCUGACUGUGUACCACCAAUCUCAGUGUGUACAUCACCCCUUGUUACAUUCUCGGUCAUGCCAUAGUAUCAGUUUGACCUUUUAGACCCCAAUGAAUAGGAUUGUAUGUACAGUCCUAGAUCAGCACUCCUACUCUGAGAUGCUUUUUGAAUGGGCACAAUUAUUUGUACGCAAAUAAGUCAUAGUAAGUUAUAGUUGUCCAGGAUGACCACUAUCAUCACCCUGUUGUUCCUCCCAUGCAGGACUCUGAGCUGAAGAGGACAGUGGAUGAGAGCGAGAAGAUCCAGCGGGCCUACGGACAUUACUUUGACCUGAAUAUCAUCAACGACAGCCUGGAGGGGGCCUACUGCGGCCUGAAGACAGCACUGGAGAGACUGAGCUCAGAGCAGCAGUGGGUUCCUGUCAGCUGGGUCUUCUAA